CCAAAAUCACAGCCCUAACCUGCUCCCUUAGGCUCCAGGCUCCCCCCAACCCUGUGUAGGAUAAGUGGUACAGAAAAUGGAUGGAUGGAUGGAUGGAUAGUUCUGCGAAAAGAGGGCACUAACUGCAUGGAGUGUUGCCCCCUGCAAAGCUGCAAGACUUAUUAGCCCAAGCAAUGUGAUGGUCAAGCUUUUUAAAUCACCUAGCAUCCAACUGCAGGCCGAAUAUCCUGAAUGUGUUAAUACUUUUCAAGCAGUGAAGAAAGAAAGCAAACUGUCAUGAAGAAAACACAAGUUAACAAUUAAUGACUGUUAUAAAUGACUCGUUAACUGGGAUUUGCAUCUGUACAGUAGCAGUGCACAAGCAGUGCUUCUACUGUCUAGCUCAACGUGUGAGAAAUUUGACAGGUAACCAGUAUGAGUCAGAAGCUGAUGAUUAUCGACACUGACUGCGGCAUAGACGACGCCCAGGCUAUAAUGCUGGCUCUCGCCUCAUCCAAUGUGAAGAUCCUGGGCAUCACCUGCUGCUUUGGAAACACUGAUGUGGACAAUGUGUGUCAGAAUGUGCUGCGUGUACUGUUUGUGUGUCAGCGUACUCAGAUUCCUGUCUUUCGAGGAGCAGCGAGCUGUUUGGUUGGAGCAACAAACCCAUUCAAAGAUCAUUUCGGGACAGAUGGUUUGGGAGACGUUUUGCAGGACAGAGACUCAGACACUUGGAAAACACAAAUACAGAAAGAGCAUGCGGUUAAUUCUUUGAUCAGAUUGGUGAAUGAGCAUCCAGGGCAGGUCUCUCUUGUUGCUCUGGGCCCGCUCACAAAUUUAGCUCUGGCUGUUAGAUUGGAUCCCAGCAUUCCCCAGAAGCUGAAGGAUUUGUACAUCAUGGGAGGCAACAUGGAAGGUAAGGGAAAUCUGAUGCCAUGUGCAGAGUUUAAUUUCUGUAUGGAUCCUGAGUCUUCCUAUAUAGUCUUAGAGGAAUAUCUGUGUCCCACACACAUAGCCACCUGGGAGUUUACCUGCAGAAACAAGCUCUCUUGGGAGUUCUUUGAUGAGCUGAUUGCCCAGGACACUGCAGCUGCUCGUUUUAUGAAAACGAUCACCUCCAAAUGUUGGGCUUUCUCCCAGGAGCCUGGAAGAAACGCUAAAGAUGUACUUUUCGGGUCAGGGUUCGUGCCCUACGAUGCCUAUGCUGUGGCAGCAUGUGUGGAUGGCAGCGUGAUCACAGAAAGUGUGGAGUGCAGUGUUCGGGUGGAGAUCCAGGGAGAACUCGGUCGAGGUAUGAUGGCACUGGAUUUCUUGGGCAAGCUAAAAAGUCAUCGUGUGUUUGUGAUGAAGACCUGCAACCUCACCAAGUUCAGCUCCAUGCUCAUGGCUUCCUUACAGCAGCCAUGAGGAGUUACAGCAAGAUCGGAACGGUUCAGUGGGCGAAGGUUUCAUAUUCUACUCAUCCAUUUUGGAUUUUGAGGAAAAAUCUUAAAGGUCCUCUGAGUAGCCUCAUUUCACCAUCUGGAUUGUUUAGGCAUUUCUAAAUUAAUAGGAGUUUAUAGGACAUCGGUAAGAACACAACUCUAGUGCCAAGCUGCCACACUCAAACAAAUCCAUUUAUGUUUGUGUAAUGUUGUGCCUGUAGGUUUCACACCUCAGCUAAUAAAUUUCACAAGAUUUUCCACCACCGAAUGGAAUAUGUUAAUAUUAUAUUGCUUCGUAGGGAUUUUUCCCUAUAAAUAAUAGGAAGUAUGAGGUCCGAUAGCAGGGCCAGCCCUUGACACCUCUGGAGCUGUUGAUUGUUUAUGGCCUUAAUUGUGGAACUGGCUGUGUUAGAAGGAAGCGUUAAUGCUGGUGUAUGGGGUUAGGAUCAUGCCAUUUGAAUUUGAAUGCAAAUCUAUGAAAUUAUAUUGUCCAUUUACAGUGCACAUCACCUGAAAUUGCUGAUGAGCAAACUCAAAGUAUCACAUAGUUGUCCUGGUUUAAAAAUAAAUUUCUAAUCAAA